AUGAAUAUUAAAUAAAUAAACUAUCCCUUCAUCUUCCCACUUGUGUUUAGAUAGAAUAGCAAGAAUACAUGUAAAGCAGUGACUUAAAUUGAAAGAUAUUAUUUUUUAAUGUUUGAUAUCAAUGAUGUUAUUAAUAAAAUUAUUAUUUAUUUCGGAAUGUGGUAUAAAAACUUUUCAAAACAAAGUUGGAAUCUUAGGGUUUGGAGAAAGGCUAACAUAUUAUUCAACCAAGACGACAUUGGUAUGUUCAAGACAAAGGGCGUUUUGAGAUGGAAGGAUACUGUAUUCAGAAUGGCCAGAAGUGAAGCAUGUUUAAGAGGAUUCAACUUCUUCUUCUUUGCUGGAAUGAUUGGGUCAUUCAUUUGGGUUAAAUCAAACUAUUAUGAUCCAAAAUAUGUAGCACCUAAAAAAGUAGAGAGCGAGAAGGAAUUAGAGAGAUUGGAUGCAGAAGCUGAUAAAAUAUUGUUUAAGAAUAGAUUGGAGGCAUAUUCAAGACCUCAUAGAAGUUUGGAAGACUUGAUAGCCUUCUUAUCUGGUUCAAAGACCUUCGAUCAAUUUGCUGACUUUAUCAGUUAUGAGGAAGCAAUGAAUAACAGUAUGGAUCAAUAAAAUGGUUUGGAUUCAUGGAUGGAUGACUAAGACUAAAGAAUGCUUAAAUAUUAUCAAAGAAGUAUUGGACGUACUCCAAAGUUUGAUUGA